AUGCUGAGUCCAGAGCCCAUCCUUGAUGUUGUUCGAGGACUUAGCACGGUGGCCUCCUUCGGCAUCGUGAUCAAUCAGAUGUGGGUGCUCAUGGACGAGAUCUUCACCAGCGAGUGCGACUACUGCCGCGGCACCGGCCGCACCAUCUGCCGCCACUGCCACGGGUCCAAAACGCUGCGCAAGAGGCCGGGAGAGUUCCACUUCAACCGAUCCCAAGUGGUGGACCGCUCGGCCUGGGACACGUACCCCUGUAUUUACUGCGGGCCCACCACCAAGUACGAUUUCGACAAGGUGGAGCAGGACAAUGAGGAGGAGGCAUACCACCUCAUGGACAAUUUCAAAGCCGCCCUCGCCAACAAGCGGAGACCGCACCCUCAGCCCAUCUGGGCAGGGACGGUGCCGUGCCCGGAGUGCAGCGGAUCCCCCACAGUGCGGCGGCAUACCCCCAACUGGGCGCGCCUCGCCCAAGUGGAGCUGCCCUUUGACUUCAAGGCGUCAGAGCGGCGGGGGAUCUGGACGAGAACAGGGGGGUCCCGGCAAAGACCGCGCAAAUAUCUGGAGUACCCCAGCAGGUCGCCCAACAAUGAGGAAGGAGAUCCUGAGAAGGUAGGCCAGGCGAUUGCGGAGAAGGUGGUGGCGAGCAUCAAGAAGCAGAAGAAGAAGGAGGGGCUGGCGAUGAGGGCAUCUGACCAGCUCACAGCAGAUGACUACAUCACGCCCUACAUUGAUGACAAUGACAGCGAGGAGGAGAGCUGA